AGUGUGUAAGGGAGUAUUUCAUUUUUCACAAUGGCCUGGCCUUUCAUGAAGAACCUAUUUUGGGGUUUGCUGGUUUUGGUUCAAAUUUGUGGACACAGAGCAUGCUUUGUAGAGGAGAGGGUGGGUCUGCUAGAAUUUAAGGAGUUCGUCCGAUCCAACGGUGAUGAUGCUGACCAUCUUCUUCCUUCAUGGGUUGAUGACUCAAACAGUGAGUGUUGUGGUUGGGAACGAGUUAGGUGCAAUUCCACCACUGGUCAUGUGAUUGAGCUCUCUCUCCACAAUGUUACCCAAAUAUCUGAUUAUGUUCUUUAUAUUGACUGGGAUAACCGGGACGAAGUAUUUUAUUACAAGGAUUAUGAUAAAAUCUGGCUCUUGAAUAUCUCUAUAUUCCGGGCUUUCAAGGAACUAAGAAGUUUAAAUUUAUCAUUUAAUGAGAUUGGUGGUUGGAUUGAGAAUGAAGGUUUCGAAAGUUUGUCGGAACUGAAAAUGCUGGAGACGUUAGAUCUUGGUUUUAACUUGUUCAACCAGAGUAUCUUACAAUCAUUGAGUGCCCUUACAUCCCUUAAGAAUCUGAUCAUCAAUAACAAUCAAUUCAAGGGAUCCUUUCCAGUCCAAGAAUUAUCAGCCUUGGAAAACUUGGAGUUCUUGAAUAUAAGAUCUAAUAAAAUCAAUGGCUCCCUAAGUAUGCAAGGUAUAUAUAGAGGAAUACAAAUCAUUUACACCAUUUUUUAUGUUUAA